GAUCCCUCAGUAACACAAGUGACAAGAAAUGUUCCUCCAGGAUUAGAUGAGUACAAUCCUUUUUCUGAUUCAAGAACACCUCCUCCAGGGAAUGUGAAAAUGCCUACUGUACCCAGUACUCAGCCGGCAAUAAUGAAACCAACAGAAGAACCACCUGCUUACACACAAAUUGCAAAGGAGCAUGCCUUGGCCCAGGCAGAACUGCUAAAGCGCCAAGAAGAACUAGAAAGAAAAGCAGCUGAGCUAGAUCGCAGAGAAAGGGAAAUGCAGAGUCUGAAUCAGCAGGGGGGUAGAAAAAAUAACUGGCCACCUCUUCCUGAGAAUUUUCCAGUGGGUCCGUGUUUCUAUCAGGAUUUUUCUGUAGACAUUCCUGUAGAAUUCCAGAAGACAGUGAAGAUUAUGUACUAUUUGUGGAUGUUCCAUACAGUGACACUGUUUCUUAAUAUCUUUGGAUGUUUGGCCUGGUUUUAUGUUGAUCCGACACGAGGGGUUGAUUUUGGAUUGAGUAUCCUCUGGUUCUUGCUUUUUACUCCUUGUUCUUUUGUCUGCUGGUACAGACCACUUUAUGGAGCUUUCAGGAGUGACAGCUCGUUCAGAUUCUUUGUGUUCUUCUUUGUGUAUAUCUGCCAGUUUGCUGUCCAUGUACUUCAAGCUGCAGGAUUCCAACGGUGGGGAAACUGUGGUUGGAUUUCAUCUCUUACUGGUCUUAAUAAGAGUAUCCCUGUUGGCAUUAUGAUGAUAAUUAUAGCUGCACUUUUCACAGCUUCUGCUGUUAUCUCAUUAGUUAUGUUUAAAAAGGUGCACGGGCUCUACCGCACGACCGGCGCUAGUUUCGAGAAGGCGCAGCAGGAGUUCGCAACGGGAGUGAUGUCCAACAAGACCGUGCAAACGGCUGCAGCAAAUGCCGCCUCCACAGCAGCAACCAGUGCGGCGCAGAACGCAUUCAAUGGUAACCAAAUGUAGAGAAAUAUAGACAGUCCUGAUGGGUC